AUGAGUGUUGAACUGAGAGAGUCAGGCGGGGUGCGCCUUGCCGUCGAAGGAUGCGGCCACGGUACAUUACACGCCAUCUAUGCUUCCAUUGAGGAAUCAUGCAAACAGAAGGGUUGGCCGGGUGUUGACUUGCUCAUCAUCGGCGGCGACUUUCAAUCCGUACGAAAUGCAUACGAUCUACAAUGUGUCAGCAUGCCCGCCAAAUACCGCGAGAUGUGUGACUUUCAUGAAUACUACUCUGGCCACCGAACUGCACCUUGUCUGACGAUCUUUGUGGGAGGAAAUCAUGAAGCGAGCAAUUACCUAUUCGAGCUAUACUAUGGCGGCUGGGUGGCGCCAAACAUCUACUACAUGGGCGCUGCGAAUGUCCUUCGACUUGGCCCGCUCAGAAUCGCUGGUCUCAGUGGGAUCUGGAAAGGCUUUGACUAUCGCAAACCACAUUUCGAACGUCUCCCCUACAACGAGUCCGACAUGAAGAGCAUUUACCAUGUGCGAGAAGUCGAUGCCCGUAAGCUUCUCCACAUUCGGACUCAAGUCAACAUCGGUAUUAGCCACGACUGGCCGCAAGGGAUUGAGUGGAAGGGCAAUUUCAAACAAUUGUUUCGUUUCAAGCCUUUCUUUGAAGAGGACGCGAGAAGUGGAAAGCUUGGGAGUAUUGCAGCGAAGCAAGUUGCGGAGAGGCUGAGGCCUCAUUAUUGGUUCAGUGCACAUCUUCACUGCAAGUAUGCUGCCGUCAUGAACCACGGAGACGGCUCUUGCACCAACGGAGAUGUUGCUACCAGAGACCGCGAGAAUGGCACCCACAACGAAGGAUUGGUACAAAAAGAUGGGCAUGUCCCGGUGAAGAACGAUGAUGAGAUCGAUCUGGAUCUUUCGGAUGACGACGAUCCUAUCCCAGCCGCUUCCUCAGCCGCGACCGAAGCUCCCCGCAACCCUGAUGAAAUCGAGCUGGAUCUUUCCGAGGACGAUGCUGACACGCCUGCGCCUAAAAAGGAGAAUGUGCCCCCGAAGCCAGAUAAUGCCACAUCAAGCGUGCUUGCCGAGGCUCGCGCUGCUCUGCCCGCCUCAUUCAACCGACCUAAAGAACGAGRGCCAGAUGUGCAUCCACCGGAUAUCAAGAACGCCGAGACAAGAUUCCUCGCGCUCGACAAGUGCCUGCCAAAUCGCCAUUUCUUGCAGCUCAUUUGCGUGCCGACAGAGACAGAUCUAGAUACAGCUCGGCCCUUGAAGCUACAUUACGAUAAGGAAUGGCUUGCGAUCACGAGAGCAUUUGCCCUCAGCGAGCCAAUCGUCGUCGGAGACCCCAGUGCUCGUCCACCUCCCGCCAAGAACCAAUCUGAGUAUUACAGCCAGAUCGACGAGCAGCUAAAAUGGCUGGAUUCUCAGCUGGACGAAUCGGUGCUUGUGGUGCCCGAAAACUUUACCAUCACAGCACCGGUCUACGAUGGCGGCAAUUGGCAGGAUGCAAAGUAUCAGCAAGUUGAAGGAGGGCUCAGAGAAUAUCUCAACCCGCAGACUUCAACAUUCUGCCAGAUGUUGCAAAUUCCGAAUGCACUGAAUAUGACUGAUGAUGAAAUGCUUGCAAGAAUGCAAGCCGGACCUAGACCAGAUGAUUUCGGGGGUGGAAGAGGUGGGAGGGGCGGAAGAGGACGCGGCGGGUUUGAUCGCGGCAGAGGUGGUAGAGGUGGCAGAGGCCGUGGACGUGGCGGAGGCCGUGGACGUGGGCGUGGAUAA